CCCAAAAAGACUACUUAAUUAUCAAAAUUUGGAAGCUACGACUGCCCUGUGUCGUUUUUGACUGUUAUUCAUUCGCGCUCCGUGCUACAGCGUUUUAUAAAGCCAAACCCUGCUGCCUGGAGGUCUCAUCUCUGUCCACAUUUCAGGAGCCUCCUUCUUUCUCCCGCGCGCUUCCACAUUUCAGGACUUAAAUUAUUUGUGAGAAGUGAUGGCUGAUACACACCAGUAUCCUGCUGUCAUGCAAAAGGUAGCUGGACAACUCCACCUCUGUUCUAGCCUUUCCCAUGAUGAGCUUCAAAAUCGCUAUGGGGGUUUCCAAAGACCUGCUAUGCCUCAGAGGCAUUUUACAUAUGCAAAUUAUAGCAAUGCUGCACUGCCGUAUCCUUUAACAAAUGCAUGCCGGGCAACAAGUGAUUUAUCCUUGGUUUCUUCGAGGACAUCACCUGUCUGUGUCAAUGCUCCAUCAGAGAAAGGCUUUGCUGGCUUUGCUAUUGAUUUUCUCAUGGGUGGAGUUUCUGCUGCAGUGUCCAAAACUGCUGCUGCUCCAAUUGAGCGUGUGAAGCUCUUGAUUCAAAACCAAGAUGAGCUGAUCAAGGCUGGUAGGCUCUCUGAAUCCUACAAGGGUAUUGGGGAUUGCUUCAAACGGACAAUUCAGGACGAGGGGUUUGUUUCUCUAUGGAGAGGAAACACAACUAAUGUGAUUCGUUAUUUCCCUACUCAGGCCUUUAACUUUGCAUUUAAAGAUUACUUCAAGAGACUAUUCAACUUUAGAAAGGACCGUGAUGGCUACUGGAAGUGGUUUGCUGGCAACUUGGCAUCUGGUGCUGCUGCCGGUGCCUCUUCCCAACUCUUUGUUUAUUCCCUUGACUAUGCUAGGACUCGUCUUACUAAUGAUGCCAAAGCUGCAAAGAAGGGAGGCGAGAGGCAAUUUAAUGGCUUGGUUGAUGUGUAUAGGAAGACUCUUAAGUCAGAUGGUAUUGCUGGGCUUUAUCGAGGUUUCAAUAUUUCAUUAGUUGGCAUCAUUGUGUAUCGAGGCCUUUACUUUGGAAUGUAUGAUUCUUUGAAGCCGGUUAUCCUCGUUGGAAAAUUGCAGGAUAGCUUCUUUGCUAGCUUUGCUCUUGGUUGGGUUAUUACCAAUGGUGCUGGACUUGCGGCCUACCCAAUGGACACUGUCCGUAGAAGAAUGAUGAUGACAUCUGGCGAAGCUGUCAAGUACAAGACCUCGCUUCAUGCUUUCUCUCAGAUCAUUAAGAAUGAGGGUAUGAAAUCUCUCUUCAAGGGUGCUGGUGCAAACAUACUCCGUGGAAUUGCUGGUGCUGGUGUCCUGGCUGGCUAUGAUAAGCUUCAGAUGAUUGUCUUUGGAAAGAAGUAUGGUUCUGGAGGGGCAUAAUCAACAUAUCUCCUUCUUGGACAGAUACAGAUACAGAUGAUGAUGAAAAUGAUUUUCAAUUCUAUUCAAGAUCUUUUAUGAGGCCAUUUUUUAUAUCUUCAUUGAAUAACUUAGUCCAAGGGAUCUUUCUCCUAAAGCAUUCCUUAAUUAGGGAAUUUAUUGGCCCCAGUUUUGCUUAAAGUUCUUGCAAUUUAAGGAGAUUUCCUUUUAUAAUUGUCUUUCUCAAUUGUCAAAUUAUGCACAUUUAUGUCUAUUUUCUAGGGGAUUAUUUUUUCAU